AUGGCGUUGUCACUCAAGGUUGGUGUGAUGUAUGCUAAACAACUGGCCGUGACCCACAAGCUUCCUAUUAUCCCAAUACACCACAUGGAAGCACAUGCCCUGACAGCCAUGCUAACAGAUGAAAGGUUGGUUUGUAAAUUUAAUGACCAUUUUAGCUUGAAUUUCCCAUACCUCGUUUUAUUGGUGAGCGGUGGACAUUCAUUACUUGCUGUUGCCAAGGAUGUAGAUGACUUUCUCCUUCUCGGCACUUCUCUUGAUAUUUCUCCUGGUGACUGCUUAGAUAAGAUUGCUCGACGUUUGCGUCUUUCUGCGAUCGGUAAUGGUAUCUACAGUCAAAUUCCCGGUGGUAUGGCUGUUGAAUUAAUGGCUCGUACAAGCAAAAAUCCAACUGCUUAUCCAAUGCCGACUCCGAGAAGUGUAAACCGCGAUUGCGACUUCUCAUUUUCCGGCAUCCGUUCAGCAGCCGAUAGACUCAUCAACCGCCUCGAAAAGGAGAACGGUGGAGUUAUAUCAAUGGAAGAUAUUGCUUCGAUUUGCUCCUCUUGUCAGACAGCCGUGACCAGGCUUUUCUGUCGGCGACUUCAGAGGGCGAUUGAGUACUGUAUCCUUGAGCGUCACCUGCCACCAUCCGUCAAAAUUCCAGCCUCAUCAUGGCCUACUCCUCGAGUUCCCUCAAAUCCUGAUCCCGCAGCGGCUGCUUUGGUUUUAUCUGGCGGGGUGGCAAGCAACACGUUUAUGCGAACCGAACUCGCCAAGGUGGCCACCCAUUACGGAAUGCGGCUUGUUGCGCCUCCUCCUCGGCUGUGCACUGACAAUGGUGUCAUGAUUGCAUGGAAUGGUGUCCUCCUUCACUCCAGGGGCAAGCGCCUUGAGUGUGACCCCAGCAUGAUUGACUUUACUCCAAGAGCACCACUCGGUAAGGACAUCCGCUCCCUCGUUUCGGAGGCUUGCAUCAGGAUAAAGCCCCUUCCAGUUGCGCGGGCCAGACCACCGAAUAAGAAUCCGUAG